CAGGGUUUAAAUUCCCUGAGGUUGGAGAUGUCAGGCAGUCAGGGGACGAGGGGAGAAAGCCAGAACUGCUGGGAAUCAACUGGCUGGAGCUGCUGCUGGGAUCACUAAGAGCACUCUUAUUGCAGCUGACUACUCCAGCACCAGAAAAGGUAAAACAUCACAAUGAAGGUGGCAGUUCUCUGUUUAUGCCUUAUCAGCAUCACCACUGCAUGGCCAGUGAGUAAAUCCAAGCAGCAUGCCAUUUCUGCCAGCUCCGAAGAAAAAUAUGACCCCAGGGGCCAUCACUCACACAGAUAUCAUCACCACCCCCACCACCAUGUAAAUUCUCAGUCUUGGGAGAGUCUGCAGCACCCACAGAAUGACCUGGCAUCACCUCAGCAGACUCUCCACUCUUCAGAAGAGUACGUGGAUGACCCAGUACAACCACACUUUCCUGAUGUGUCAAGCAAGAGCCAUGAAGAUGUGGAUGAUGACGACGAUGAUAAUGAUUCCAAUGACACAGAUGAAUCCGAUGAGGUUGUCACGAGUUUCCCCACAGACAUUCCAGUAACUGUACCCUUCCCUCCUUUCCCUUUCACUCGGGGAGACAACACCGGCAGAGGUGACAGCGUGGCCUACAGGGUGAGGCCAAAAGCUGCAGUGGUGAAGUCUAGAAAACUCCGCAAAGCUGCAAAAAAGCUCAUUGUGUAUGAUGCCAGUGAGGAUGAUGAGAGCGCCCUGGAUGCAGGCAGCCAACAAGCAGGGCUCUCCUGGGAGGAUGCUGCUGCCCGCCGCUCCCUGGGGAAGCAUGCCAUCAGCGGGGAAUGGGCUGACAAGAGCCAUGGGCAGGACACCAGUGAGCUGGACAGCAAGCAGCGUGACCAGAGCAUGGAAAACGACAGCCGGCAGAAAUUUGAUAGCCAUGAGGUGGAAGGAGAUGAUAGCAAGGCUAGCAUCAGAGUGGAUAGCCACCAGAGCAUGGAAAGUAGGGAGAGCCAGGUCCGUGCUUCAGCUGAGAACCCCAAGGAUAACAGCAAUCAAACGUUGGAGAGUGCCGAGGAUGCUCAAGAUCACCACAGCAUCGAAAAUAACGAAGUCACCCUUUAAAGGGAGACAAAUGUAAUGGUUCCCUUCUUUUUCCAGUUCCUACCGAAGGGGAGGGGGGGGGUGUAGCUUUAUUUCGGGUAACUGUAAAUGUAGAGCGCAUGGUGACUUUUUGUGUUUGGGGCUGCUUAUUUACCCGGUGGCCUCCCCCCGGCUGCCUGCAGUGCCAGCCCCGCGCCCUGCCCGCCUCACCAGCCUCACAGGCCGGGGGCAGCGGCUGGGGCAGCGAGGCCAAUGCUGUUGGAUGUGCAGAAUGAGCGUUACCUCUCUGGCAUGCUGCUCUCUCUACUGCCUGCCUGUAUUUUGCUGUAACUGGAUUUAAAUAAAAACACAAAACCCUGUA